AUGGAAUCUCGGCAUUGGGACCGCUGCUGGCGUUGCGCCAAGCAUCUUGACGGCAAGCCGAAAUGGAGAGCAUCAAACAAUCACAAGCUAUUCUGCGACGAUUGCGCAGAACUUAAGUUGCAAGGCAUACCAAAGACGAAGCAGUUCGCCUGGAAAGAAUGUGUGGUAUGCACCGAGGCUAUUCCGGAUCACUACUACAGCUGCUCGACUGUUCGCCCAGCCACUGGUGGACCUCCUUUUUUCCAGGGCCAUGCGUUGUGCUCGCGGUGUGCCUAUGGCUCACGACAGAGGCGGCUGAACCUGAAGCGAGGGUUUAUCGAUAAAUGCCCGAUGUGCAGAAAAAAACCCAGAAAUCCGGUCAGAGUCGUGGCCUGUACGGUUAUCGAGUUUCCUAAGGAUAAGGCAGCAGUGCCUGUGGAUGAACCAGCCCAAUCCGUGCCUGUGGAUGAACCAGCCCAACCCGUGCCUGUGGAUGAACCAGCCCAGCCUGUACGUGUGCUAGGUGUGAGACUGGGGAGAUCACUGAACCACAGGCAAGUCAGGGUCCGAUGGGAGGACACGUGGGAAAGGCAUGAUCAGAUGGGUGCCGAUAAAUGUAUGCAAGUCAAGGGCAUCGUCGGGGAGACACCAGAGUCUAUCAAAAUUCGCUGGAAAGAUACUUGGGAGCUGCUUGAGGAUUUGGAGGAUGGCCCCCUGAAGGAGGAGGCAAAGAGGCUCCUGGAGGACAAGUAUAGUGUGUAA